AUGAUGACGAGCGUAAACGACGUCACGCUCGAGGAAGUCAAGCCUUUAAGCAGUGGUAGCGGUCCGGAACAGUGGAUUGAGAACCUACGAAAUGGUAAAUUACUGAGUGAACUAGAGCUUAAACAAGUGUGCGAGAUUGUCAAGAUGCUGCUGAUUGAAGAGUCCAAUGUUCAGCCUGUGAGCAGUCCCGUGACAGUAUGCGGUGACAUUCAUGGCCAGUUCUUUGAUUUGUUAGAGCUAUUUCGCUGUGGUGGUGAUAUCCAUGAUACUAAUUACAUCUUUAUGGGUGAUUUUGUGGACCGUGGACAUAAUAGUGUCGAGACGUUUGAGCUUUUAUUAUGUCUCAAGGCAUGCUACUCGGACCGUAUCACGCUCCUGCGUGGCAACCACGAGUGUCGACAGAUUACGCAGGUCUAUGGCUUUUACGAGGAAUGUGUGCGCAAGUAUGGCAAUGCCAACCCUUGGAAAUACUGCACAGAUGUGUUUGACUAUCUCAACUUGGCGGCCAUUAUUGAUGGACGCAUCCUGUGCGUGCACGGUGGUUUAUCGCCGGAGCUCCGUACGCUGGACCAGAUCCGGACAAUAGAGCGUCAGCAGGAGAUUCCACACGAAGGAUCAUUCUGCGACCUUAUGUGGUCUGACCCGGAGGAUAUAGAGACAUGGGCGAUGAGUCCGCGUGGUGCCGGCUAUUUGUUUGGUGCUAAGGUCACGCAAGAGUUCAACCAGAUUAACGGACUGGACCUCAUCUGUCGUGCCCAUCAGCUUGUGCAAGAAGGUUACAAGUACAUGUUCGACAAUAGUCUUGUGACGGUCUGGUCGGCGCCAAACUAUUGCUACCGGUGCGGUAAUGUGGCAGCCAUCUUGUCAUUUGAUGAGAAUCUCGAGCGUGAUUUUAAGUUGUUUCGUGAGGUUGCUGAAUCGUCGGAUGGCUUUAAUCAGCGUGCGCUGGUACCUUACUUCUUGUAA